AUGCAGGUGAUCUUUAUUAGCGAUCUUAACGCUGAACCUAAAAGGCAUAUCAAUCCUAAACAUUCUAAUCAAUUUUUUCGAAACCUGGCAAAUUGUAAUCUAUUCAAUAUUAGAGAUAUCUGCUAUGAUAAUGCAAAUACAAGACUCCCUACCUUCCAUAGAAAUGGCUGCAACCCAAGUAGAAUUAAUCAUAUAUACUGCUCCACCAAAUUAGCUACGCAAACAAUCAGAUUAUCUUCUACUCCAACAGAUCUUUCUGACCACUAUUUACUUAUUGCCACCUUGGAAUGCCCAGAACUAGUAACCAAAAAAUCAUCCUCUCUGAUCAAAAAAAAGUAUUUUGACAUAGAUAAUAUGAAUCAAGAGACCUGGU